CCAUCGGCCGACGCCGCGCGCACCGCAGCAGCGACUUUUCUUACACGUCGACACUGCUAUCUGCUGUUCGUCUCUCGCCACCCACGUACGCCAAGAUGAGCGCCGAGGUCAAGACCGAGCCGGCCCCCGCGGCCGUCGCGGAGGCUACAGCACCGACUUCCGGACACACUGCGCCCGAUGCAGUUCCGACUGCCGAGCCCGCGACCGUCGCCACCGGAGACACGCCCGCCGAGCCCGCGCCCGCUACCGCCGCCGAGCCAACCAAGGCCCUCACCUCCACCCCCGCCGCUACCGCCGCACCGACCUGGGAGUUGACCCCCGACACGCCCAUCGCUGCCUUGUUCGCCCGCCUGCCCGCCAUCCUUUCAGCCGCGGAGCACCCGCACAUCUGGGGCGUGACGCUGUCCGCCGCCGAGCCGGCCGCCUUCUCCACACUGCUCGUGCUGCAGAAGUACCUCCGCAGCGUGGCCAACGAUGUCGACCAGGCCGCCGCGGCGCUCGAGAAGACGCUGCGCUGGCGCAAGGAGUUUGGGCUCGACGCUGGGGCCGACCCGCGCGAGUACGGCGCCGACUUUGACGGCCUGGGAUACGUCACGACCGUUGGUGUUGGCGCCGGCACGCGCGAGGUCGUGACUUGGAACGUUUAUGGCGCGGUCAAGAGCCUCAGCGCAACGUUUGGCGAUCUUGAUCGCUUCCUGCACUGGCGCGUCGCGCUGAUGGAGCGCGCCGUCGCGCGUCUCGACCUGGCGCACACGAGCACCCCGAUCCCCGACUACGGCCAAGGCGACGACCCGCACCGCCUCGCCCAAGUGCACGUGUACGACGGCGUGUCGUUCCUCCGGAUGGACCCGCACGUCAAGGCGGCGUCCAAGGCGACCAUCGAGCUCAUGGCCGCGCACUACCCCGAGACGCUGAGCCGCAAGUUUUUCGUCGGCGUGCCGCUGCUCAUGAGCUGGGUGUUCUCCGCCGUGCGCCUGUUCAUCUCGGCUGAGACGGCGAAGAAGUUUGUCGUGGUCAGCUACAUGGCCAACCUGGCGCCCGAGCUCGGGGAUAAGGCCGACGUGCCGGUCGUGUUUGGCGGCGAGGCGGGGAGCCUCGCUGAGCUUGAGGCGCGCGAGGGGGCAGAGAAGGCGACGGCGACGGCGUAGGCGUAGGCGUAGGCGGUCUUCUGUUGUUAGACGUGAUAAUGUUCUUCUGGGGGUAGUGGCCCCUUCGCUAGAUGCAGUGGUGUGUAGACUCUGAGGCUCGUCAGAUUGCUUCGGGCCGAACACACACGUCGGGCCAAUCGGCACAGGCCACUCGUCUGCAGUAGCAGCCAUGGCCACUGCCUUCUUCAAAUUGCCACUCAACUGCCAGAGUACUGUCAUCA